UCCCCCACAAGCUUUGCAUUUCACUCACAUCCAUAAACCUCCACCACGUUUCCCACUCCCGGCGAAAGAAAAUGUUAGAAAAUCAUCAAAUCUCACCACCUCAACUCUUCCAUGGUAUCCGCUUUCUCCUUCUCGGAUUCGACCCGAUCAAAAAAUCUCAGGUUUCCCGGAAGCUUGUUGAUGGCGGAGGGGUUGAUGCUGGUCAAUAUGGUCCAAAUUGUACUCAUGUUAUUGUGGAUAAACUUGUUUAUGAUGAUCCCCUAUGUGUUGCUGCUAGACAAGAUGGGAAGAUAUUAGUCUCUAGUCUGUGGGUUGAUCACAGUUUUGAUGUCGGAGCGCCUGUGGAUACAACCUCGGUAAUGUACGUACCGGUGAGAGAUUUGAAUGGGAUUCCAGGGGCAAAGUCACUAGUAAUAUGUUUGACAGGAUAUCAACGUGAAGAUCGAGAGGACAUUAUGACCAUGGUUGAAUUGAUGGGGGCACAAGUUUCGAAACCGCUGAUUGCAACCAAGGUUACUCAUCUUAUAUGCUACAAAUUUGAAGGGGAAAAGUAUCUGCUUGCAAAGAGAGUGAAGAGAAUAAAGCUUAUAAAUCACCGAUGGUUAGAAGACAGUUUAAAGGCUUGGGAGAUUUUACCUGAAGCGGAUUACAGCAAGAGUGGUUACGAGUUGGAGAUGGAGGCUGAAGCCAAAGAUUCUGAAGAUGAACAAGAAGGCAAUAACACAAGGCACAACGAGGCAAAAAUAAGCCCCCGUCAUUCUCUGCUAUCAAAGCAAGAAAUCCCAAACGCCGUAUCAAAUACUAGUGUUUCUAACAUGUUUAGUAAUGCUCAAGAAACAGUGUCCUUAACUACGAAAACCACAUCUGACCGUUUCCCUAAUCCCCACGAGAUUAAAAUUAAGCCUCAACACACCCAAAAUGUUACCAGUGUUGCUUCGGAGCCAUCUAAUCAUUAUGAAAAAGCCGUAAGUAGUUCAUCAGCACAAAACAACAACAUUUUUGCAUCAACGUCAGCGAACAAGUCUCCUCAAAAUGAAGCAAAAAUGGUCGUAUCUGCCGGUUACUCUACGAAAGAUCCGAUCAGAACCCCUCCAACUAGAACCACACCUUCAGCCAUAGACAUGAAAAGCAAUACCAGCAGCGCUAAAAGACCGAAUACGCUUAAUUUCAGUGAUGCUUUUAACAUGUCUUCUUCGCUCGUACAAAAAGCGACUCCUUACGAUGGUUCUGCUUUCGGCUCAGUAGAUGAACGAACUUACACAUCUUCUACUAAAAGAAUGUUGGAUAUUUCUUGUGGUAGUUUAAAACCACAACAGAUGAGUCACAGUAAUGUUGUGGAAACGGUGUUUCAAGAGCUGAAAAAAGUUCCCCCAGUUGAAAUAAGUCCUGCAAGAAAACCGCCUUCCAAUAUUUCCGGAAGGAAGUCCUUACGUUCCAAGGGUGAAAAUGUAAUUUGUGACGUUGGCAUUUCCAAAACUUCCACUUCGGAGAUUCAAGACACGGAUGCAGUGCAAAGAGCACAGAAAGAAUACAAGGAAACCAACUUAUAUACAAAAUCCGAUAACAGAGAUGUGGAUAUGGCAGAAAAUGUGUUUCAAUCGCCUUUUGCAGCUAAUUUUGAUCUUCAGAAAUCCAGUACUCCGAAUUUGGAUAUCAACGAACAAAGCGCUGGAUCAAAUUCAAAACUUGUCAGAAAGAAGCCAGUUAGCAAGAAAUUAUCGGCCCCGAUUGAAACAAGUCCUGCACGAAACUCCUCCGCCGAUAUUCCUGGAAGAAUACCUUUAGGUUUCAAGGGUAAAAAUGUAAUUUCCACUGCAGAGAUUGGUGAUCUGAAUGCAGUGCAACGACCACAAAAAGAAUAUAAGGAAAGCAGCCUGUCUACAAAAUCUAGUAACAGAGAUGUGCGCAUAGCCGAAAGUGAUAUGCAAUCACCUUCUGCAGUUAGUUCUGAUCUUCAGAAAUCUGGUACUAUGAAUUCCGAAACCAAUGAACAAAGUGGUGGAUCGAAUUCAAAACCCGGCAGAAAGAAGUCGAUUAGCAAGAAGUUUUCGGCUCCUAAACUUAGUAAAAAGAACACAGUGAAUCAAAAAGGUUCAAUCUUUUCGAAAAAUGCCGAACUGGGGAUUAAUGAUGAGAAUCUAUUGUAUCAACAGUUUGAAAAAGUCCCUUCAGUGGCCAAAUCAGGCACGGAAAUAGAAAAGGAGGCGAUUAGUGGCGUGCAAAUGGAGAAUAUGUCUGAGAAGACAUCUUUAUUCAUGGAUGAUGAUACGGAGCCCCCAGACGAUAAAGAUGAGGCAAGCAAAGAGAAAAAUGAAGAUGUUGUAGAUCCAUGUGCUGAUAAAAAUAAUGAUGAAAAUGACGUAUUCGUCAAUAAGCAUAAAGUUCCGGUGCACGAAUCUGAUGGAAAUAUCGGGAAUCUUGCGAGUGAAAUUCCUCCGACUAUAAAGGGUAAGAAAAACACUGCUCUUUCUAUGAAAGAGGUAAUUAAUAAGAAGUCUGUUGAAAAGAAUGAACUCACGAUUGACAAGAAUUCCGAGAAACAAGAAAUAAGGAAAGAAGCAACUCCAAACCGAGCUAAGAGAGCAAGGGUAGAUGUGAAUGAUUUGGAGAAAUCUAUGGAAGUGAAGAGCGCAGGUGUUUGUAAUGAUCUUGAGCAUAAUAACGAUGAAAAGGGUGAUGAUGUGGAUGCUAACAUGGAUACGAAGAAUGCUGUGAACAAGAAGGAAACUACGAGAAAUAAACGUCCAUCGAGUAAAACUAAGAAAGUUGCGAGCAAGAGAACUGGAACUGAUUUGGAAAAAUCUGUGGAAGUGAAGAGAGCAGGUGUUUGUAAUGAUCCGGAGCGUAAUAACGAUGAAAAGGGUGAUGACGUGGAUGCUGACAUGGAUAUAGAGAAUGUUGCGAACAAGAAUGAAACUAAGAGAAAUAAAUGCUCACUGAGUAAAACCAAGAAAGAUGUGAGCAAGAGACUUGUAUCUGAUUUGGAAAAAGCUGCAGAUGUAGAGAGAGUAGAAGGUGUUCGCCACGACCCUGCGCAAACUAAUAACGAAAAGGAUGAUGACGUGGAUAUAGAGAAUGUGAACAAGAAGGAACCUAUGAGAAAUAAACGUCCUUUGAGUAAAACUAAGAAAGAUGCGAGCAAGAGAAACACAACUGAGCAAAAGAAGGAAGAAAAGGAUAAUAAUGUCGCUGACAUGGACACAGAGAAUUCUCUUAACAAGAAGGAAACGAAGAAAAAUAAACGUCCACUGAGUAGAACCAAGAAAGAUGAUGCCAAUGCUGUUAACAAAAAGGGAAAGCCAACAACUAAUCAAGCAGUCGAAACAAGUGAUUUGAACGAAGCACAGAAGGAGAACGUUCAAAUUCAUGUUAAUGAUCAAAGUACCGGUAACAAACAUGUAUUUAAACCGGCUAAAGAAGUCACCGAAAAGAAUACAGAUAAGGCAAAUUCAAAUGCUUUGAAAAAUGAACCUAUGUGGUUUAUAUUAACCGGACAUAAGUUGCAAAGAAGGGAGUUUCAACAGAUAAUCAGGCGAUUGAAAGGAAAAGUAUGCAGAGUUACUCAUAAUUGGUCUUAUCAGGCAACUCAUUUCAUUGUCCCUGAUCCUAUAAGAAGAACCGAAAAGUUCUUUGCUGCUGCUGCGUCUGGAAGGUGGAUUUUGAAGACUGAUUACUUAUCCGCAAGUAACCAGGCAGGGAAAUUUCUACCAGAGGAGACAUAUGAAUGGCACAAAAAUGGCCUAAGCGAAGACGGUCAAAUUAACUUAGAAGCACCAAGAAAAUGGCGGCUUUUGAAAGAAAAAACCGGUCACGGUGCAUUUCACGGAAUGAAAAUAGUCAUAUACGGGGAAUGCAUUGCCCCAUCUUUGGACACUCUUAAACGGGCGGUGAAGGCUGGAGACGGGACCAUAUUGGCAACAUCGCCGCCAUACACUCGCUUCUUAAACACAGGUGUUGACUUUGCGGUCGUUAGCCCUGGGAUGCCACCUGUCGACGUGUGGGUGCAGGAAUUUUUGAAACACGAGAUACCAUGUGUGACGGCUGAUUACCUUGUGGAAUAUGUGUGUAAGCCUGGAUACCCCCUUGAAAGACAUGUUCAGUAUGCUACAAAUGUUUGGGCGGAUAGAUCGUAUAACGGUUUGAAGAACCGGUUAGAAGAAGAGAUUUCCGAGCCUAGAACUCCCGAAAGUACUGAUGUGGCAUGUGAGGUGUGCGGGGCACGUGAAAGAGGUGACGAAAUGUUGAUAUGUGGGGAUGAAGGUGGUUCGAUUGGGUGUGGUGUCGGCACGCAUAUUGAUUGUUGUGAUCCGCCACUUGCGGAAGUUCCGGAAGAGGAUUGGUUUUGUUCAAAGUGUAGGAAGAAGCCCAAGAACAGCAAGGGUAAAAAAGGUAGCAAAAAAUAAGGUCCUGCACAUAGAGGCAAGUAACACUAGUCAUUUUAUCAUGGUGUAUUGGUACAUAUUUAGUAUGCUAAUUAUGCUUGUUGGCUGCCAAAUUAAUUAUGAAUUUUUGCAUGUCUUUAUGAGCCCAAAAGAGAUUUUCUAUUGGAUCACUUUUGUGCUGUUUCAUGGGCUUUGAAAAGUUAAAGAGAACUGUUAUUGAA